UAUUUCUUAUUUUAUCGGGAUCGACGUUCACAAAUUAAUUUUGUCCUUGGACGUGAGGAAAGACCGGUGUCGCGCUGUCUGGACAAAUAAAAAUUUGGUUCUCGGUGUAAGAAGAUGUGGCGGGCAGCAGCGAGGGGUGUCACCCCGCGGAUCAAGACCUCCAGCGCAGUGAAGCCAGUACAACAAAGAUGUAUGGCAUCAGGCCCCCCUCCCCAGAAAGGUGGAGUCCUAAAGUGGUUUGUCCUGUUGCCUACUGCAGCAUUAGGUGGGGCUGCUGCCUAUGGUGAGUUUGUGGAUCCAGAAUUUAAGAAAGUGAUGGAGAAAAAUGUGUAUAGUCCAUUCCAAGAAUACGUUUAUGAUCCCAUAAUGGGCCUCGUGUCUGGCUCAGGAAAAACCACUGAAGAAGAACCAAAACCGCUGACUAAAAUCACCCCCACUCCACCUCAGGCAGUAGUGAAGAAAUCAGAACCAAAGGCAGAACCUGUGAAGAGCACAGUCAAAGAGACACCAAGUCCUGCCCCAGCUCAACCAUCCCUCUCUGCUAAAGAGAGGGAAAAGUUAGACAUAGAACGAAAACUACAGCAACAGAGAGAGAAAGAAAAGGCUGAAAACACAGCCCUGGAGUCCAAACUGAAGGAUUUGAUGGAUUCCUGUAAAACUAGGCUCCAGGAGGCCUCAGAUCUACAGAAGGAUGUUAUAGAAUCAGUCAAACAACACUCCGAAGCCCUACAAACAGCCAUGGACGACAAAACAGAUAUCCUGAACAAGGAGGGGCAGUGGCAGGCCGUGUCUGAGGCUUUCCAGAAAAGAGAGGGGGUCACAGAUAACGCCAAAAAAGUCAUGGAGUCACUCAGAUCAGAAAUGGACAAACUGAAGGCGAUAGUAGAUGAUGCGAGAAACAGCAAAUCAACAAAAAGUAACAAAGUCCUGAAUGCAGCACAAGAGGCCUAUAAUACAGCCAGCAGUAAACUAAACGCCAUACAGUCAGCUGUAAGUUAUAACUCAGUUAAUAAGUCAUAACAUGUAAUAAUACAG